AUGGCAGAGGAGUUGGUGGCCAAGCUUACUCUAGCAGCGCGACUGGGGGCCCUGCACCAGGGCUGGCCAGCCACUGACUGGCUGACUGACUUACCCAGCCUCCACGACAAACAAGCGCUUCGCCCGACCCCAUCCCGAACCCCACCUGAGACCGAGUUCCCGGAUUCAGCCCGUGCGUCCAGCUCCUCCUCAGUCUCCGUCACCGAGACCCCCCCUCCGCAGCUUCAGCCCCCGCUUCUGGAGAAGCCCGCCGCCAGCCGGGGAGUCGAGUCGCACCACGCCACGCCGCGCGGCCCCUGCCGACCGUCCCGUGCCGUGCCGUGCCGUGCCGUGCCGUGCCCCCAGGUAGGGCCGCGAGAGCCGGAAAGAGGCUCCACGCGAGCACAAAGAGCCCGCGGCGGCGAGGCGGCACAAAGCGACGGGGCGGAGCCUGCGCUCCAGCUGGGGCGACCUGCCCACUCCCCGGCCGAGGGCAGGAAGCCGGGGGUGCGAGCGCCGCAGACGGAGGCCGCGCGGAGGGCGACGGCCCCGGGCGACGGUCGGGCGCAGGCCGGGGGCGGCGGCGGAAAGUUCGCCCUCGCCCCCCUCGGGGAAGUCGCUGCUGGGAGGAAAUUUCCACGCGGCCCCUUGUGGCGGCGGCUCUGCCGGGGGCGCGUGUCUCGGGAGGGGCCGAGCGCCCGAAAGCCCACGCCAGGCCGGUUCCGCGAGGGCCGCGGGGGAGCUCUCGGGGUCUCGGCAUCCACGCACAGGCUGAGUCGCCACAGCCAGGGCGCCUCGCGCAAGGCCGCGACUCGCCGAGCACCCGAGAGGACGCAGUCCCGUCGAACAGUCGUCAUCAAACUUCUUCCAGCUCGGUGUCUACCCGCGAGCCAGCCGCUAGGCCCACAGGCCACCUCGAACGUGAAGCCCAUUCCCGCUGGACCCCGGACACACCGGCGGAGACAGACACAACUCGGCCCCCACGGAAUUCCCCCUCGCCCCCCUCCCCGGGGCCUGACCUCUGACCCCGACCUUGACCUGGCCCCGGGCUCCUCGCGCCCGGCCCGCGGCCGCUCUCACCUCCAGGCUCGCCUGGACUCGCACUGGCCAUGCUGCGAGCCUUGUCCGUGCACAGACACCCGGAGACAGAGGCCCGGAGGACCCCGGGCACCUCCAGUCAAAGACGGACAGACAGACAGACAGACCAGCCACUUCUCCUCCAGCCCCAGCACAACAGACACACAAGUCCCCCAGGGGUGCGCUGGGCUGGACCCGGCACCGAACGGGUUAAGCCGCUGGGCACCCCGAAGCCACGCCCUCGCCAUCCGGGCUCUCCGCGCCGAGCCGCGCUCCGCCCCUUCCAUCCGGGGUCUGGACUCGGGACCGGAGCCUCCCCCUCCCCCUCGCGAGGUCCGGGCCUGGGGUCUCGGGGGACGGCCACUCACUCCCUGGCUGGGCUCCCUGCACGGUGACUCAGCCGCCCUGGGCAAGCUGCCGGCCGCCUGGGAUUCCCUCACCAGGCCCUCGUCCCUCCCUCGGUCCCCCAAAGCCAGACCGGCAAGGCCGGCUGUGUGCGGGUCUCCUCUGCCUGCCUGCCUGCCUGCCUGCCGCCUCCCUCCCUGGGCACCUGCCUAUCGGCCCAUCUCCUCUCCUCCAGAGCCCGAGGCGGACCUGACAGGACGCGCUCCAGCCAUCAGGCCUGUCUACACUACUCGACCACUAGCAGGCUCCUCCUCGGAGCUGUGUCUCGGCAGAUCUAGACAAGCCAGGAGGAGAAAGGGGGCCAGGGCAGGGGGGGCCAGAGAGCCAGGGGACCAUGAAAAGGACUGGACACUCUCCUUGCUCAGCACCCCCGGGACGGGCCCCAAAGAAAGCAGCGCCCAGACAGAUGCCACCGGCGGCUCGCCGGCCGGGUGGACAGGACAGGACAGGGCAGGUGGGCGACCGGCCCGAGCUGGACCGGACUGGACAGAGCUGGACAGAACCGGCCGGAGCUGGAACGGACUGGCCCAAGCUGGGUCAGACCGGUCCGAGCGGAGCAGGCCGGGCUCAGGCCCAGGGAAAGGAGAAGGGGAAGAGACGGCGUGGACAGGCCUGGAGUUGGACUCCCCUCGGAGCAGGGCUGGAGGCGCCAGCUCCAGGGCAAAGCGGGGGUUCGUCCCCUCGCUGGGCAGCCGCCCCGGGGGGCCAGGCACGGGUGAUGUCACCCUGCGCCACCUCCAACUAGGACCUUUAACCCCGCAGGGCAAACGAGGCGUGCAGGCUGAGCUGCCCAAUGCAGGAGCCUGGGGAAUCUCGGACACCCCAAAAGGAGAGGGAAGCAACCCCCGAAUAUGCCUUGAUUUCCUUUCGCCCCCCUGGAGUCCUACUGACCCCGAAGCCACACGGCAGACCGAGCCCCAGAUAGGGUCGCCGCCUUCUCCCGGGCCUGGGGAGCUGUCUAGGCGCUGCAGGGACACGGCGGGGAGGGAGUUACAUAACCGGGUGCAGCCGAAAAGGCCGCGCGGGGCCGGACCCGGGGCUCCCCGAAAGCAGCCCCAGGGGGUGCCAAGGAGCCCGAGGCCUCCAAGCUGGGUUGGGGGCACGGAGAGCAUCCGCUUGCACCGCGACCAAGAAGAGGGAGCCGUGCCAGAGAAAAACGAGGGGGGUCCCCUGGGCUUGGGCUUUGCUGGGGUGAACCCCAAAAUGGCACGGGCAAGAGCUGCCGCCCCAGUCAGGCAGCGACGCCCGACUGAGACUGAGACUGAGGCUGAGGCUGAGGCUGAGGCUGAGGCGAGGAGGGGGAAGUGGGAGGGGCGGGAGGCGCCGCGCAUGCGCAGAGCGCCGCUCGCGCGCGUGCGGGAGGGCGGGGCGGGCACGCGUGUGGGAGUGCACGUGCGGCCCGAGCCGGCGGCCCCGCCCUCGCCCCCCGCGCCCACGCUCAUUGGGCGCCGCGGCACUGACGUCACGGGCGGCCGCGCGCGCUGA